UUCUAUUUCCUUCUGCCCCCAAGAGAAAUUAUGUAAACAAAGGUCAACCAGAAAAACGCGCCCAACAUCUGUAGCCACUGCUGCCACUCCAGAGAAGCACUGCAGACUCUCGUGGAGGUACUGAGUGCUCGCAUCUCCUUCUCCGACAUUAGUUAUAGGUUCAAUAGCAAUCACCUAAUCAAACGAAAAGUACAGGUUAAUAUUUAGGCUCCUUAACAGCUAAACAGAAACCAUUCAAAAGUUACGGCAAUACAGAAAAGCCUCUCUUGCAUCGAGACCCUCCAGAGCUUUUCCUGAAACUGGCUUAUGCACAUCUGAAAUUGGUGAUUCAUUUGUUUUUUUGUUCUCUUGUCUUACAGAGAAGCCAAAUACUGCAGAAAAUAUACAUUUUGUCCGUGAGUGUGCGUGGAACAGAGUGCUCAACACCGCAGAAGAAUUUAACCAACUGUGUGAGUAGUAGCAAAGUCAUUCUACGAAUAUAAAGUCAUUCUUUGUUACUGAGCUUAUUCAGUGAGUACACCUGAAUAUCAGGAUUCCUGAUAUUGCACGCGUGUACUUUGAAAGUCUGAAAUUGCUCUAGAGGCUAAUGAUUUCAUUUCUCUUCUUGAAAAGGUGUUCCGCUCUUUGAUGGCUCUUUAUGACUGCCAGUUCUAUUUGUGCAACCUUAGCACCAUCUUAAACUGUUUGCCAAGAGAAGUAAAAGGCCUUUCUGAAGAAGGUUUGUCUAACAGAACUACCAAAUCUGUUAUAGUAGGAUUUGGAAUGAUGCAUGGGUUGUAUGUAAUUGUGGAAGGAGAAUUUGUUGGGGUUGCUUUUUGUUUCGGUGGUGAUUGUGGGUUUUUUCUUCAGGUUGGAGAGUGGUACAGAGUGAAAAAUGCAAAGAGAGAUUGCUACUGUCUUAUUUUUACUCUUUCCAUUUAGGGCAAGGAAGGUGGCUUUACAAAAAGGAAAGGAAUUGCAUAACCAAAGUCAUCUUGUGCCUUUUUUCCUGUUUUCCAGACUUGACAAAUAAGCGGGUGCUAGCCGGCCACCACUUCUUAUAUUCACGAAUGGUCAUGUGGUUCAAUGACUCUGGUCUCUUUCCAGGGGGCUUAGAUGAGGGUCAGCGUUUGUCUAGACCUUUUUACAAUUACCCUCUGCUUCAGAGACACUGCACAGCUCAGCGACAGAGGCUGAUGCAUUUGUCCAGAGGAAAAUGGGAUUUGGCUGGCCUGAUGAUUGACAGGAUGGUUUCGGACUUGGGAGAGCGAGUGCAGAAUCUGUGGUGCACAGACGAAGAACAAACUGGGAAAUAUCCCCCUCCCAGUUUAGAGGCCCUGCUGCAACUCUACCUGCUAGAAGACAUUGAAGAAAUCGACAAGCACACAAUUACAAUGUACUUGCUGCUGGAUAUCGGGCAGGCCGUGCCAGAUAACAGAGAAAGACUACUGCACUCCUUCUGCGCAGCCUUUGCUAUCCCGAAGGGGUUCGUUCAGCUCAUUCAAGGGUUUUGGCUGCUGGAUCACAAUGAUUAUGAAAAUUCGCUGGUCCUGCUCUGUCACCCAGCUACAGCCAGAAGCGCGUCGUGGCUGCGUCAGAGGGCUAUUCAGUCCCUCAUGUGCCAAGGACGGCACAGGAGAGCCCUCACGUACAUACGUGUGACGAGGCCAUUGAUCACCAGCUCCAGAGAAGCGCAUCUUUACCUCUCUGUGUUCUUGUCCAACAGGUGCAUGGCAGAUGCGUGGAACCUGUUGCAGCAAUACUCCUCAGAUUACAAUAGAGAAGAGCUGCUGCUGCACAUGUUUAAAACCUGUUUGGAGAUGGGACUUGCGGAGGGCUUCCUGGAGCUGCCUUUCACAGACACUGAGCUCAGAAGCCAAAUACUGCAGAAAAUAUACAUUUUGUCCGUGAGUGUGCGUGGAACAGAGUGCUCAACACCGCAGAAGAAUUUAACCAACUGUGUGUUCCGCUCUUUGAUGGCUCUUUCAUUGACGAAGAGAAAUACCAGUCUCUUUAUGACUGCCAGUUCUAUUUGUGCAACCUUAGCACCAUCUUAAACUGUUUGCCAAGAGAAGUAAAAGGCCUUUCUGAAGAAGACUUGACAAAUAAGCGGGUGCUAGCCGGCCACCACUUCUUAUAUUCACGAAUGGUCAUGUGGUUCCAUGACUCUGGUCUCUUUCCAGGGGGCUUAGGUGAGAAAUACUUGUUUAUUUGGAAGGAUUAUAAAUUCUAUUGUCAGCCUUAAUUGUCUUACAAAUGCUCUCUUGACGUGUUUAAAAAAACAUCCCCUUUGAGAAGGUUUUGGUAGUGAACUUCAGCUUGCGCUGCGUGUUCUGAAUGCUGCAUUGACUGUCCACUGUCAUUGGCUUCUUUGGGAGUUGGAGGCCUGUGCUUCUUAAGGCUUAGCUUGUAGGAUCUUCUUUUUAGUCGAAGAAAUCAGUUUAAAAUGUGCUGUCAACGCUUGUAACUUGCUUUUACUUUCUUGCCUGUAGAUGAGGGUCAGCGUUUGUCUAGACCUUUUUACAAUUACCCUCUGCUUCAGAGACACUGCACAGCUCAGCGACAGAGGCUGACGCAUUUGUCCAGGUAAGCCUUUCCGUACAACUCUGGCACACCUCCACUGCAAGUCCAGAAGGAGAAGUGAACGGCUCUUCUCUCCACAGUUGUGUUUGCUAUACUUAAUGCAUUUGCCAGGGAUCCUCUUGGCUUCGGUGAUGCACGUGUAGUGUUGAACACCGAGGUUACUUUCCUGUGUUAAGAUGUUGACACACACUCUCUGCUUAGUGCCCCGUGGUGGUGGUGCUGCUGUCUUGUAGCACACUCAAUUCACUGGCUAAUCUGUGUCAUGUAUUACACCGAAAAAGGUCCUGUGAUAGGACAAGAUCAGUCAUUCCCAGUUCAGCAGAGCAUGGCGUUCUCAGAAUGCCAAUUGUUUGGGACUCAGAUGAAGGCGGUGUGCUUUUAGAGAAAGUCAUCUCUGUUACUGGCUCGCAGUAGGUGGCAGUGAUUGUUUUGGCCUGAAGGUCUGCUCCGCAGUCCGUUUGUGUAAUUCUGUAGGACCAGCAGCAUCAUACGUAGUCGGCACACCCGAAACGUGUUGCACUGAGAGGCUGGAAUUAGUGUUUUCCCAAUGUUUUACUCAGCCCAAAUCCUUGCUCCCUUUUCUUUCAGAGGAAAAUGGGAUUUGGCUGGCCUGAUGAUUGACAGGAUGGUUUCGGACUUGGGAGAGCGAGUGCAGAAUCUGUGGUGCACAGACGAAGAACAAACUGGGAA